AUUGACAAUCUCAGCACUUGCUCAACCUCCACCACAAGUUCAGAUAUGCAGCUACAUCCAAUCCAAAACCACUGGGUCCUUUUGGACACUUCUUCUUCCAAAAAAAUAUCUCCUUCCAGUAACAGACUAACAGGGUGCAGUCCUUAUGAGAAGCUAAGCUAUCUUCUAAUUCCCUCGAGUCCUCAUAAGUUUUUGCCCUCUCUCUCAUGAUCACAAUGCUCGCAGCUAGCUCUGUAGUGAACAGCAGCCUUGCUUGCUCAUCGAGGAUAUCAUCCGGGUCAGACCUUGCAUCUGGCCAUUCCUGGCGUCCCAUAGAGGCUGUGAAACUCCCUCGGAAGCAUGCUGUGAGCUCGUUACAUAUAAGUUGUGCUGCCACUAAGCCUGCGAAGACUCCUGCUGAAGAGGAUUGGAAAAUUAAGAGGCAACUCCUUGCACAAAAGCGGGUACGCGGUGUUGAUGUGAAGGAAGCACUGCGCCUUCAAAAGGAGAACAAAUUUGUAAUUCUUGAUGUCAGACCAGAAGCAGAGUUCAAAGAGGCUCAUCCACCUGGUGCCAUCAAUGUACAAAUAUACAGAUUAAUAAAGGAAUGGACAGCAUGGGAUAUUGCAAGGCGUGCAGCAUUUGCAUUCUUUGGCAUAUUUGCUGGAACAGAAGAGAACCCUGAGUUUAUACAAAGCGUUGAUGAGAAGGUUGGGAAAGAUGCCAAGAUAAUUGUGGCAUGUUCUACAGGUGGGACACUGAAGCCAACACAAAAUUUCCCUGACGGGAAGCAAUCUCGGUCCCUGAUAGCGGCAUACCUGUUGGUCCUGAAUGGCUACAGCAACGUGUACCAUCUGGAAGGAGGGCUUUACACAUGGUUCAAGGAAGGCCUACCAGCUGUUGAAGGAGAAGAAUGAGCAAGAGAGACACAUUUCUUGUUACAAUGUCGUUGCUCACAUGCUUUGUGACGAGUUGUAAUGAUGUGCUUCACAGGAUCUAGAUCAUCUCUCCCGUUGAGAUGUCUCGUGUUCCUCCUGCCGAUAUGAAGAUGUCUUAGGUUUCUCGUGUCACCUUUGUUGCCAACGUGUCGGAGUAUGAUGCUGUUGCUUGGGUAUGACAGUAUGAUGAUUAUCAGCUUUGGCCAACAAAAAGUGAGCAGAACCGUAGUUUCUUUUGAUCUCGAGCUUAAACUAUUUUUCUUCUGGCGAUUAAGGCUGCUGAAAGAGACUUUCUUCAGGUUUUGUUUGUCGCUCCAUCAUGUUUUGUCAGUUUGUUUGUUGAACCUUCUGUCAAGAUCUCAGUAAUUGCUGACAGGAUCUGGUCCUAAGCUAUCAAAUUUUAUGUUUCA